CACAAAUUAGAUCAUCACUAUCAGCUCUAUUAUGAAGCCAAAUGGUGUGUAUUUUCUCUUAACUGACGUAGAUCUUUGAAUACACCUCACACAUAUCAAAAAUGAGACCCAAGUCAGGUUGCUGGACUUGCAAAGGACGCAAGGUUGGCUGUGAUAAGGGCUUACCGCAUUGCAGCAACUGUAUCCGUAUGGGAAGGGAAUGCCUGGGUUACGGCCUUCGGCUCGUGUGGCCUGAUCGUCCGGAUGGGCGACGGUCAAAGACUGAGGUCUUGUACGAGGAACCGCCGAGACCUCGUGCCUCCGAGCAGCAGCGACUAUCGUAUCGCACUAUUGAAUUUUUAAACGUCACAUUUGACGACAUUGAGGUGGUGGAAUACGGGUAUUUAUAUCGUCCCUUGAUAAAAAGACGCCUCCCCAGCCCAGCACGCAGUCUCAGUCUUCACCCCGUCGUGGAUCAGGAUGCUAUGCUCCUGAGUUAUUAUGAAAACCGGAUCGCAACAAUGAUAUCAACUACACAUACCCGCAACGGCUUCCACCACGACCUCCUCCCCAUGGCGCUCACCACCUCAUGCCUAGCUUCAUCAGCCCUCCGCAACGCCAUGCUCGCUAUUUCCGCAUAUCACUCCUACGGCACACUUGCAGCCUUGCCGUAUAAGACAAACGCAGUCAGUUAUUUGUCUCGGGCUCUGGCCUCCAACUUUGGAGGAACAGAGAUCCAGAUGGCGGCGUCCAUGAUGCUCUGCGUGUACAAUGUGUUUGACGAAGCUGAAGGGAACUGGACCGUCCACCUCAACGGAGCCAAGAAGAUGUUGCAGAGUCUCUAUACUCAACGGAGGCGACGUCGACUUGACUCUGAGUUUACCCUGACCUGGUUUCUCUAUCAUGAGGUUCUGGGGUGCUUUACACAGCCCCUGAGGGCGGACGAAGAUGAAGGAGACAUAUUACCUCUAGUUCAAGCGUCCGUGUCUGAUGUCACUCUUAUCAUCGGGUCACUUGGUUGCUCCCUAGAAACCAUCUCCAUAAUCCACAGGAUCAACAAAAUGCGGUCAAUAAGCGCCAAUACUGCUCCCUCUAAUCCCUACCCAGCUAUCGCAAAGCAACGACUCGCCCUCGACCAACAACUCAACAACCUCACUCAAACUCUCCCUUCCCUCGAAACCUCCGAAGACCCCUCAAAGCAAGCUCGGGUCCUUGCUAUUGCAGAACUAUACCGCCUUGCCUCUAUUUUAUAUCUCCAACGCGUGUGCCCCAUGCCAGCAGACGACGGCAGACGUGCUUUAUGUCUGAAGCAGGCAUUCGACAUACUCAGCAGACUUGAAGUCGCCACGAGCCCAUGGCCAGUAUUUGUUAUUGCCUGUGAAAGCGCACCCUCAGAUGAAUACCGAAUUGCAAUUCUUGGGGUGUUGAAUCGCAUGGACGAGGUGCGGGGAAUUGGUAAUGUCCGGGUCAUGAGAAGUCUGGUGGAAGCAUUUUGGAAUCAAUAUGAUCUCGCGGGGUUCUGUAAAGGGGCGUGGGCGAGCUGGUGGGACGUGAGUGAUACUGCAGUUGCCGAACCGUGGUUCAUAUGAGAGCGGUAUCCGAAAGUCAAGGACAAGACAUGAUUAAUAACGGU